AUGGGCCUCUACGACACUAAGCCGGGCGGUCGGUUGAAACUCAAGGGCGACAAGGGCAAAGUAACCAAGUCGAAAAAGAAAAAGAUCUCCAAGACGUCUUCUCCAGCACCAGCACCAUCCUCAUCACCACCAACAAUGUCACUGCCUUCAGCCAAGGAUAUCGCCAAGUCUCCUCACGAUACAGAGCAUGCCAAAGAGUCCAUUUCGGAGACUCCUCCUUCUGUGGAGACCAAGGGCGCGAUCCCUAUUCCGGGAUCGUCCUCCAAGCGAAUGGACAAGGCCAAGAUUGCCGCGAGCACCUCGCCAGUGGAGACCACCCGAACGCCUAAAGAGCCGUAUCUGACUGACGCCCAGAAGAAGUUUGAGGAGGCCAAGAAAGAGAGACUCAUGGAAAAGAUGACGAAGCAGAAACCGUUCAAGGAAAGAGUGCAGGACUACAACGACCAUCUGUCCAAGCUGACGGACCAGAACGAGAUGCCUAAGAUCUCGGGUUAA